UGCGUGUUGACCUCAUUGUUUUGCGUCCUGCUGAAUAGUGGCGCGGUUUAUCAAAUUCAGAAGAUAUACAUCUCAUCGGAUCUCUGGCAAAGGCAAUGUCAUACCAUCAUAAAUACACACACGACGAUAAAAGGCCUGACGACAGCAGGACCAAAGAGGUUUCAAGGUGGUCGCAUUGCAGGAAACGUGGUGCUGAUGGAUGUGUAAGAAGAUCAAAUAGUGAAGCGGCGUCAACUAGCAACUCGGACAGAAGAGACCACGGAUCCAGUUUACAAAGGCCAGAGAGUUUUACAACCCCAGAGAGUGAAGGACCUGUCUCAAGAAUAAGAAACUGGGGAGAUGAGGUUGAGGCUGAUGAAAUGCGAACCAAUGUCCGUCGUGACAUACAGCGUUACAGAAGAAGAAUAUUGGCUGGAGAGUUUAUUCAGCGAGUGAGAAAAACCUCAUCUGGAAGUUCAGACUCCCAAGAUUACAGAGAUUCCCCAGCACCAGGUGAUAUUGAGACUGAUGAGUCUGUGUUGAUGAGGAGGCAGAAGCAGAUCAAUUAUGGGAAGAACACUCUUGCUUAUGACAGAUACAUUAAAGAAGUGCCCAAGCACUUAAGAAAGCCAGGUGUCCAUCCUAGAACACCCAAUAAAUUUAAGAAAUACAGCCGCCGCUCAUGGGACCAGCAGAUAAAACUGUGGAAGGUCAAACUUCAUGCGUGGGACCCCCCUGCACAAGAGGGCACUGACCUGCAACCUGUAGAAGGGAUUGACCUGGGUGAGAUCAUGGAUUUGGAUUUGGAUUUUGAGUGCUCGGGAGAUCCUGAAACAGAAACACAGUACCCAAAAUCCAGUACUGCUUCUCCAGCUUUGCCUGAGGUCUCAUGCAGGGGAACCCCCAGCAAGAUGAUGAAGAUAGAUGAGCUUUACACAUGUUAACUCCAUUUAAUGCUGCUCUAAUAUGAGAGAAUCGUCUUGCACUGUUUCACCAGUCUGAUGUUAGAUGUUUAUUUUCUGCAUUUUGGGGUGCCUUUUUGGAACCCAACCACUUUUAUGUCUUUUGUUCUUGUUUUUCUCUUUUUGUAAAUGAAGCUUGGACAUUUGAAAACUAUUUUUAGAAUAGUUAUAAAAAUGGGUCAUUUGUAGUUCUCUAUUCUCACACAUCAGAGUUCAGUUUAAAUUGUAUUUUGUAAUCAUUUUUAAAUGUUUAUUGCUUCUGUUUUUAUCGUAUGCAGAAGUAUUUUUGGUGAAAUGUUUGUUUAGGUAUUUUAUUAGGACAAUUUUUGAAAUAAAUAAAUUUAAAUGGAAAGACCCACUUUUGUUUUCAGUCUGUGUUCACUAUAUAUAGAUGGUGCAUUUUAGUAAUGUAUUUUAAAACGUAAUAUAUUUCAAUUUGCACAUAGGUAUUUGUUGACAAUGCGUUUGUGUUCUUGUAACAGCAUAGUAAACAUCCAAAAAUU